ACUUCAUUUGAACAUUGUCAAUUUCUUAGUUCUUUUGACAAAUUUCUUCCUUGUUUUGUCUUUUCGCAUUAACAUUAUCGCACGCAACAAGUGUAACAAACAGGAAACCAACAAAUCUCCGAUGAAAGCAAUGUGACAACGGCGGUGCAAGCCAAGUGACCGCUGCAUCUCCUACAGCAUCUUCCAAAUUCCCGCUGUCACUUUCAUUUCUCCAACUACACCACCACCACCACCACGUCCAUACUAUUCUCUCUUCUUCUUCAAGCCUCUCUACUAUAUCAAUUUUCCAUUUCUUUAUUAUAAUACUCUCAUGUUGUUACUCUUCUUCUCUGCUUUCUACCUUUCUUUCAGUUUCACCAACUCUCGCAAUGUACGGACACGAUCUCUUCUUCUCCACUCUAAUCAAGCUCAAGCUUGAUUCUGAACCGUCCAAUCAGCACUUCCUUCAUGGUGGCGGUCUGUUCCUCGAUCAAGAAACUGUUUGUCGUUCAUUUGUUUCGUUAAUAUCGUCCAAGACUGAACCGCGUUCUUCUUGUUUUUCUCGGAAAACGUUGAGGUUCGUUGAUCGGCGGCGAGGAAAGAAGGGUCGCAAAGCAGGAUUGUUUUUAUCGGUGAGUUUGUCAAUAAAGGGAAGCGAAGAAGAAGAAGGAUAUGUUGGGGAAUCGCGAGAGAGUUUGGGGCAAAAUGGAGAGGAAAAGAAUUUGGAGGAAGAAAAUGCAGUGGUUUUCACGGAGGAGAAGAAGGUUAAUGUGCUGCGAUCGAGAUCAGGAUCAGCUGCUUUGAAUACGACCAAGCAUCUCUGGGCUGGUGCUGUUGCUGCUAUGGUUUCAAGAACUUUUAUAGCGCCUCUAGAGAGAAUGAAGCUUGAGUAUGUAGUUCGUGGCGAACAGAAGAACCUUUUAGAACUCAUCAAGAAAAUUAAGGCAGCUGAAGGACUGAAAGGUUUUUGGAAGGGGAACUUUGUCAAUAUUCUCCGCACUGCUCCAUUUAAAUCUAUCAAUUUCUAUGCUUAUGAUACAUACAGGAAUCAACUACUGAAAUGGUCUGGGAACGAGGAAACCACAAAUUUUGAGAGAUUCAUUGCUGGAGCUGCUGCUGGAAUUACUGCAUCCUUGCUUUGCUUGCCAAUGGACACUAUACGGACAAAGAUGGUAGCACCUGGUGGGGAAGCAUUGGGUGGUGUAAUUGGAGCAUUCCGCCACAUGAUCCAGACAGAAGGAUUUUUUUCUCUUUACAAGGGUUUAGUACCCUCACUAGUGAGCAUGGCACCUUCAGGCGCAGUUUUCUAUGGUGUUUAUGAUAUAUUAAAGUCCGCUUAUCUCCAUACACCAGAAGGGAAGAAGAGACUUCAGAGUUUAAAACAAGAAGGCCAAGAAUUAAAUGUGUUGGAGCAGCUGGAGUUGGGACCCGUCAGAACAUUGCUUUAUGGGGCUAUUGCUGGUUGUUGUUCUGAAGCUGCUACAUAUCCAUUUGAAGUUGUGAGGAGGCACCUUCAGAUGCAAGUCGAAGCGACAAAGAUGAAUGCAUUGGCAACUUGUGCCAAGAUAGUUCAACAAGGAGGCGUUCCUGCUCUUUAUGCAGGAUUAAUACCCAGCUUAUUGCAGGUUUUACCAUCAGCUGCCAUAAGUUACUUAGUAUACGAGUUCGUGAAGAUAGUCCUCAAAGUUGAGUCGACAUAGAUAUAGUUAUUUUUUUCAUAUAAAAGCUCAGUCGGGUAAUUCCAGAUUUUCUCUAUGGUGCCAUUUAUCAUGAUUCUAUUGGCUAUUUGUUCAACUCCUUUAACAAGUCUAAAUUACCUGCAGACAGAACUGAAGGAAAAUGAGACCUCCUUAUGCCUUUAGUUUUCCCUGGCAUUUUUACGAGGAAAAAUGGAGAAAAUCUGAAUAUUGAGUGCCUGUUUGCUUUACUUUGUAAGCUGAAUUUAUCUUAAUUAAAAAUGCAGGCGCGUUUGGAUCACAUUGCACAUUGGAAAUGGUUUUUUGACUAACGCAUAGAUGUAUUUUACUUUUUUUCAUCUCUCAUCUGUUUAAUCUUUAAUAUGAUAUUGUUUAGGAGAUUGCAGAAUUAGAAAGAUUCCAAGUGGUGCUAUAAUAACAAAGAGUUGGACUUGGACUAGUGAGGUUGGGUAAUAGGUAUCACUUUGACGUUGUUAGGGGAUCCAGCGCCUCAUUUCACUGGAUACUCAUCCCAUUGAACCAACCGGUAGUUAGUAGAUGUUUCUCUAUUUUUUAUCCUUUCUUAUAAAUGCUAUUAAUAUUA